AUCCCAUAUCCCCCUUGGUUCUGACGCAUUCCGGCCGCAUCUCCCUUCUGACUAUAAAUACUGCCCCCUCCAUCGCCGUCCCAAGCAUGAACCAAAUCAACGAAAAAAAACUGGCCCGAGACACCUCUCCGCUUCAGCGAUCGCCCCAGGAUGCCGACGUCUCCUGCAGUGAGCUUUCUGAUACCGAGCUGCUCAAGAUUGAACAGACCGUCGCAAACGAGCCCCCCAAGAAGACCAAGAAAACCGGUCUCUCUUGCCGGCCAGUCAAGCCAGGAGAUUUCGAGGCCGAGUGCCACUUCUACCCCCGUGUCCUCAACGCCAACAUCCACCCGCUGGUUUCCUCGUUCUUUGCGCUGGGAAACGAGCGCAUCCUCACACGCUACUGCCAUCUGAAUCCGCAGAUCAAGCUCGACACUCUGCAAGAGUUGCUCGCGUACAAGCCCAAGUACUUUAUGUGGGCAGGCUCGGAUCUCUUCAAUGUCACCACGGCCAGUGGCCAGCGCCAAAUGAUCAUUGUCGAGACCAACUCGUGCCCCUCUGGCCAAAAGUCCAUGCCGCUCCUUCAAGAAAUCGGCGACGAUCACGGCGGCUACAGCGUCGUGAUCGACUCGACAUUCAAGGAGCUCAUCAAACAAGCAGAUCCCGCCGUCGGCGGUCUGGCCGUUGUCUACGACAAGAACCUCAUGGAAGCCUCGGGCUACGCCGCCGUCAUGGCCGAUUCGUUCAAGGAAAAGGUCUGGCUGGUGGAGUUCUACCACGAGGAUCCCGAUCCGCCCGUCAAAUGGGUUGAUGCCAUCAUGUAUGUCCGAGACGAGCAAAAGGAGUGGCAUCCGAUUCGCGCCUGCUUCCGCUACGUCACCCAGAAGCCUUGGAACCGCUUCCCCAUCAACACCAAGACGAUUGUUCUCAACAGCAUCCUCUCCUGUCUCGCUGGCGGCCGCAAUAAGAUGAUGGCUGCUCGCGCGUACGAGUUCCUGAACGCCGAGCUCGACGGAACAGGACUCGCCGUUCGCAUGCCCGAGACCAUCCGCAAUGUCACCAAGAGCGAGAUUCCUCUCUGGCUGGACAGCAUGGGUGGCCACGCAGUCUUGAAAGUGCCCUACUCCAAUGCAGGACAAGGAGUCUAUACCAUCACCAACAAGGCCGAGCUCGAGGAGUUCAUGCAGAAGGACCAUCACUACGACAAAUUCAUCGUGCAGUCCUUGGUCGGCAACGCCUCCUGGAGCUCCGUCACCCGUGCCGGCAAGUUCUACCACGUCGGCACAAUCCCCAACAAAAAGCACCAGACCUUCGUGAGCGAUCUGCGAAUGAUGGUCACUGCCAACCAGAACGGCUUCCGGCCCGUGGCGCUGUAUGCGCGAAAGGCACGCAAGCCGCUCAUCAAGCAUCUAGAUGAGGAUCCAUUGACCACGUCCUGGGAAAUGCUGGGCACCAAUCUCUCUGUCAAGCUCAGCGACGACCAGUGGACAACCGAAGCACAGCGUCUGCUGCUGAUGGACCGCAAAGACUUCAACAUUCUCGGAAUCGGCAUCGACGAUCUGAUCGAUGCCUACAUCCAGACCGUUCUCAGCGUCAUUGCCAUCGACCGGAUGUCGCAGCGACUGAUGAAGGACAAUACCGGAGAGGUGUCGGCCCAGUUCCCCUGGUACAACCAAAAGCUGUUUGAUUACGAGCUCUUCGAGGCGCUCAAUCCUGACAAGGCUCUCCUUGGCGAAAUCACUCUUUGAGCAGGAGUAUAUCGAGCGAGCCCCAUCACCCACCGGCCGGUAACGAAGCCGGCGAUCGCCUGUGUGGGCAAGCUCGGGCACUGGCGUCGACAAGAGACAGCUUCUCUGUCGCACCUGAUGAGCCAUGCAAUAUUUUGCGCACACUCUGCGCUUUGGCGCCUUGAUAUGUUCUGCAUCAUUGACAAUUCUCUUCAAAAUAUAUAUAAGGACCGCUACAAUCUUGUGGAUCCAUCGUAACCGCUA